UUUUAAAAUAAUUUUUAUCGCAGUUUUGUGAAAUAUGUCCGGAUUGGAGACGAUUAAGCUGCUCCAAUAUGGAAAGUGUUAUGACGUAUUUUUGGCUGAGGAUUCCAUAGGGAACCGGUUCGCAGUCAAGAGGUUUUACAGGCACGAGUUGGAGAAACGGAAAGAAUACGUCAAUAGGAAUGGGAAACUGGUGAAAAAGAACUGGUUUGAGGACUUUAAAAGGGCUUUAGAGGUCCAAAAAGUCCUGGAUCACGAGUCCUGCAUCAAAUUACAUGGCGUUUUCGGGAUUGAUUUCAGUCGAGAAAGGCCAACUUUCGAGGAGGAAAUUGAACUUGUAUUUGAAUAUGCUGAAUUUGGCUGUCUAAUGGACCUUGAAAGUUUCCAUGAAGAGGUCCCAAAUUUCCCCAAACCAGUCGUCAAAUGCAUAGCAAAAGACCUUUUAAGCGCUCUUUUAUACCUGUCGGAGAUAAACGUCGCACACCGUGAUUUAAAACCUAAUAAUAUAUUCAUGAAUUCACGAGGCAGAUGUAAACUAGACUUUGGGGAAUCUGAAUUUAUGACUGACGGAAAGGUCAAAGGCUCCAAAGGCACUUAUUACUUUCUAGCCCCCGAAGUUUUCGAUGACAAUUCCAGUGGGAAUGAUGGGAGUGCGUUGGAUAUGUGGGCGUUGGGAAUUACGUUAUGGAUUUUAUAUUUUAGGAGUUUCCCCUUUUACUGUCUCUCUGGGUCAAUUUACGAAACAAUGACCAAUAUCGAAAACUUUGACUUCAACACUCAAAUACAAACUGUAAAAUUACUUAAUUCACCCGAAAACGAAGGUAAUUCCGGUGAUAAAUUAUGCAAUUCCGAUAAAUUAUGCAAUUCCGAUAAAUUAUGUAAUUCCGAUGAUAAACUAUGUAAUUCCGAUGAUGGAAUGGAUGAAAAUGAGUGUAAUUCCGUGGAUCAGUCUGUUAAAGCUGGAGAAGAUUUGGGGAGUAAUUCUCCCGAAAACUGGGUGAAAGAAGAUGCGCGGGAGUUUAUAAAUUUGUUGGAGAAGAUGUUGGAGAAGGACCCGGAAAAAAGAAUUAAAGCAAGAGAAGCUUUAAAUCAUGAAUGGUUGAGAAAUGUGGAUUAUGAGGCCGCCAGAGAAUAUUGUAGAAGAAAUAUUAAAAAUUAA